AUGAGUUCCGCAAUUUUCGGCUACUUACUUGCUCUGCUACUUAUUUCACACAUAACUCCAUCCACAUGCACAAACAAGGUGAUUUUUAUCUCCUUUGAUGGCUUCAGACAUGACUACCUUGAAAUGGCUGCAAAGGCUGGCAGAAAUAUCUCCGCUUUCGACCAAAUCCGCCAACAGGGCUUCCAAGCUGAGGUGCAGAAUGUCAUGCUAACGCUCACCUUCCCCUCUCACUACGCCAUGGCAACUGGGCGCAAUGUGGAGAACCACGGGCUGGUUGGGAACAAGUUCUAUGACGAGGUCCUGAACCUAACCUACAAAUACACUGAGCCCAAACGCAACUUGGAAGGAGAGUGGUUUGAAUACGGGGGUGCUGAACCCCUCUGGCAGACGAAUGAACGACACGGCCACCGAACAUGCGUAUUUCAGUGGGUGGGAAGCGAGGCCCGUGUUCAUGGAAAGAUGGCGUUUGCCACAUCAGGCGUCUACAAGGAUGGCUACUCGCUGAAAUGGCGAGUAGACAGGGUCCUAGAUUUCCUUUCUCAACCGGAAUUCAACUUCUGUAUGUUAUACUACAACGAACCAGAUAAGUCUGGUCACAGAUACGGUCCGAAUUCAAAGGAGGUGCUGGAUGCCAUUGAACUCGUCAACGAUGGCAUGGCCUACCUACUGCAGAGAAUCGAGCAAAUACCCAGCCUGAAGGGAAAAGUUAACUUCGUAGUAUCUGCUGAUCAUGGAAUGACUGAAGUUGACCCAAUAAACAGGGUUAUUGAUGCCUACAGUAAAAUUAAAACCUUCAGUUAUAAGGGUGACACAUCACCUGCCAGCAUCGGUUUGUGGCCACAGAAAAACACAACACUUAAAGAACUUUACGACGCCAUUUACGGCCUCCCCAACCUCUCAGUGUACUACAAAAAUGAAAUUCCAGACAGGUAUAACUUCAAAAACAACCGCCGAAUCGCGCCAGUGUUCGGUAUUGCUGACAAUGGAUAUUUGGUCAAAACUAGCACAAACGUCUACAAGGAUUUGUACGGAAUGCACGGAUACGACAACGCCGAGCCUGACAUGCACCCGUUCCUGGUGGCGUUCGGACCAGAUAUCAAGAAGAUGGAUGGAAUUCAGAAGUUCUACCAGAUUGAUCUCUACCCCUACAUUUGUGCAAUGCUGGGAUUGGACAAGCCGAACAAAAUCGAUGGUCGCAUCAGCCGCACUCUGCCGUUCCUUGUGAACAGACCAAGCGACGAAUUCAUCAGCCAGUUCCAACUCUACGAAAUGGGCAUCCUUGUUCCACACGACUAUCUCGAGGUGGCUGCAGGAAAAGGCAGAAAUAUCUCCGCUUUCGACCAGAUCCGCAAACAGGGCUUCCAAGCUGAGGUGCAGAAUGUCAUGCUAACGCUCACAUUUCCCUCCCACUACGCCAUGGCAACCGGACGCAAUGUGGAGAACCACGGACUAGUUGGAAAUACGUUUUAUGAUGAAAAACUAAAGAAGACCUACCAAUACACCGACACUAGACGAAAUAUUGAAUCUGAGUGGUUUGAAUACGGGGGUUCUGAACCACUCUGGCAGACGAAUGAACGCCACGGUCACCGAAGUUGCGUGUUCCAAUGGGUUGGAAGCGAGGCCCGUGUUCAUGGAAAGAUGGCAUUUGCCACCUCGGGCGUCUACAACGGUGAAUACUCCUUGAGAUGGCGAAUCGAUAGGGUCAUAGAUUUCCUUUCUAGACCCGAAUUCAACUUCUGUAUGUUAUACUACAACGAACCAGAUAGCUCUGGUCAUAGAUACGGUCCUAAUUCAGAUGAGGUGCUGAAUGCCAUUGAACUCGUUAACGAUGGCAUUGCCUACCUUCUCCAAAGAAUCGAACAAACCCCAAGCCUGAGGGGAAUGGUCAAUGUUGUGAUUUCAUCUGAUCAUGGAAUGACUCAAGUUGAUCCUGUAAACAAGGUCAUUGAUGUGUACAGCAAAAUAAAAGACUUGUCCUACAUUGCUGAUACCUCUCCAGGCAGCAUCGGUUUGUGGCCGAAUGGCAGCUCAACUAUCGAACAACUCCACGAUGCAAUCAUGAAUACUCUUCACCUCUCCGUUUACUACAAGGAUGAAAUCCCGGAAAGAUAUCACUUUAAGAACAACCGCAGAAUCGCCCCGGUGUUUGGCAUUGCUGACAAUGGAUAUAUGAUCAAAUAUAGCUCCAAAGAUUACUCGGAUUUGUACGGAAUGCACGGAUACGACAACGCCGAGCCUGACAUGCACCCGUUCCUGGUGGCGUUCGGACCAGAUAUCAAGAAGAUGGAUGGAAUUCAGAAGUUCUACCAGAUUGAUCUCUACCCCUACAUCUGCGCGAUGUUGGGAUUGGACAAGCCGAACAGAAUCGACGGUCGCAUCAGCCGCACUCUGCCUUUCCUCGUGAACAGACCAAGCGACGAAUUCAUCAGCCAGUUCCAACUCUACGAAAUGGGCAUCCUUGUUCCGUGA